CGUGAAAUAUUACGUUCCACAAUUUCAAACGUGCGCUAUUUUUUGGGCAUGCGCAGCAAUUUUCCCGCGCCUGGCUGCCGCGUUACUCCAACGGUCACUCGCAUAGUCACACUUCGCGGCGUAAUUCUGUACGAACAUAACCCCAAUGUGACAGAUUCUGUCAGACUUAGUUUCUGAAAAGUAGGGUAUUCGAUUUCAAGAGAUUCUGUAAAUACAAAAAAAAAAGUAAUAAGUUGGAUAGCUGAAGACCGUUAACGGAGGUAAAAAACAACAUGUUUUAUCACAUAUCGUUGGAGCAUGAGAUCUUGUUGCAUCCGAGAUACUUUGGACCUCAGCUACUUGAUACGGUUAAACAGAAACUGUACACUGAAGUCGAGGGAACGUGCACUGGAAAGUAUGGAUUUGUCGUCGCAGUGACAACGAUAGACAAUAUUGGAGCUGGUAUUAUUCAGCCAGGACAAGGUUUCGUUGUAUAUCCUGUAAAAUAUAAGGCUAUUGUUUUUCGACCUUUCAAAGGAGAGGUUCUGGAUGCAGUCGUAACGCAAGUCAAUAAGGUUGGCAUGUUCGCUGAAAUAGGACCAUUGUCUUGUUUCAUAUCUCAUCACUCCAUUCCAGCCGACAUGCAAUUUUGUCCAAAUGUCAAUCCACCUUGUUAUAAGUCAAAGGAAGAGGAUGUAGUAAUUCAAGCAGAUGACGAAAUAAGAUUAAAAAUUGUUGGUACCAGAGUUGAUGCGACAGGGAUUUUUGCCAUUGGUACCUUAAUGGAUGAUUUCCUUGGCUUGGUGAUGUAAUGGAAGCUAAUUACUGUACUUCGAAAAUGUAACAUACUACCUGAUCCAUGGACUGACAUAAUUUAUGGCACGGAAGGAAGUGGCGACCAAUGUAAAGUGUGACAAUUGAUCCUGGGAUGUUUGUACAUUCAUCUAAAUGACUAGUUUGUGACAAGUUCAGAUGAUUAAUCAAUGGCCCAAAUCGGUAAUAAGAUAAUAUAAGAUACUCAAGUUAGGAAUUACGUUUGAAUUCUAUGUGUAAAUAAAUUUUUAUCUUGGGA